CAUGGCUGGUGCCGCCGCCGCCACCGUCUGCUCCAUGUGCGGCGACGUCGGCUUCCCCGAGAAGCUCUUCCGCUGCGCGCGCUGCCGCCACCGCUUCCAGCACUCGUACUGCACCAACUACUACGGCGACGGCGCGCCGGCCUCGGCCGGCUCCGACACGUGCGACUGGUGCCUCAGCGACGUGGCUGCCGGGAAGGCGAGGUGGUCGUCGUCCGCGGCCGGGAAGCAGCACGCCGCGGGCAGCAGCCAGGAGUCGUCGUCCACCACGAGCUCCGGCGGCGGCGGCGGCCGCGGCGGCAAGCAGCCGGGCGGCGGCGACCACCAGCACCAGCAGGACGAGGCGCCCGGGCGGCGGGCGACGACGACCAGGGCGGCCGGCCGCAGGUACAAGCUGCUCAAGGACGUCUUGUGUUAGUUGACUAGCUGUAGCUAGCUAGGUCAUGGGCCUUGGUGAUGAAGUCUACCAUCGUGAAGAUUCUAGCUAAUACUAGAUCGCGACGGACCCGGCAGUAUUAAGUACGACUAGCGAG